AUGGCUUCCAGCGAGGCGGAAGAAUUCUUGAUGAUCGUUGAGAUGCAGCUCAUAGAGAACUACAGUCUAGUAGCCGCUUUUGCAAUGAUGUCGUACGACUAUCUCCUGAAUCUCGGGUCGGAGACUGUCGUGAUCUUCUUACUUCAAGGACUCUUAGCUGCACGUGUAUACGCUCUUUAUCAGAAGAGACGGUUAAUCCUGGUCAUUUUGGUGAUCGGCUUCCUGAUGUCUCAAGCCAUGAACAUCUUGACAGGCAUCGUUGCGGUUGUGGUUGUACCUGGCGAGAUAGGACCAAUACGCGUUUCGGGUGUUGAGUUUUACGAAAUUUUCACGACUUCGAACUGGGUAUGGAUGUCACCGGCGGUCAACAGCAUCGAGCUGGCGUACGAGCUGCUUCUCGGCGGCCUAGCCAUACGCUACUCGAUGAAGUACCUCCCAAGACCAUUCUGGAGAUCUCCAUGGAGCUCUACCAGAACGCUGGCUGAGAUCGUCGUCCGCGACAACUUGGUGUAUUUUCUGAUGUACGCGCUGCCUUUGUAUUCGUUGGACAUCGGUACCUAA